UGACACGCCGGCUCAACGCCUUUUGAUUGGUCAGUAGACGUCACGUGGUGUUGUUUUCACUGAAUAUGAUUAUACGAGGAGGGGGGGAGUAGGCGAGGAAGAAACGUGCCAGAUCGAGAGACGAAUCACAAAUCAUCCUCACCGGCCGAACUCGACAAUAUGACUUCUUUCAGCAAUAACUCACCGACGAACAAUUUCAACAACGGCGUGGAUACGGCACAAAAUUUUUGUGCCGCAAUGAAAUACGAGAACUUUGAUGCUUAUGCUUCCUAUACACCUCAGUACCAGAGGUACCAGCAAUACACAGUACCAAGAUUUGAAAUGCCAUGCAAUUUAACACCCCCACAACCGGACAAAACACCCCCGUAUGACUUGUCGAGCUAUUGUGCAACACCAAGAUACGGAAACUUAUCAAAUUUAACAGUUUCUCAUAAUCCUUAUGACAUUGGAGAAUGCAAUCAAACGUUUUACGGACAACAGAAUCCAGGUACUAUACAGUACAGAUCGACAUUAAUGAAUACGGUUGUUGAAACGGGUGAUUGUAAAAUGAUUUCACCAUCCUAUACCCCACCGAACUCAGUCCAAUUUGAUGUUCCAUCUUCUGUAGUUACACCAGUGUCAGAAAACAACAGACCUGGGGUAAGUACAUCCCCAGAAGUUGAACAAAAGCAACAAACUAAUACUACAAAAAACGUUUUUCCAUGGAUGAAAACCCACUCAGAUACAAAUCCAGGACCAAAAAGAAGUCGCCAAACCUACACCAGAUAUCAAACUUUAGAAUUGGAAAAAGAAUUCCAUCUUACUCGAUACCUCACAAGAAAACGUCGUGUUGAAAUAGCUCAUACACUUGGUCUUACAGAAAGGCAAAUUAAGAUAUGGUUUCAGAAUCGCAGAAUGAAAGCUAAGAAGGAAAAUAAAUUUCCAAAUCCAGUUCCUUCCACAAGUCCAUUGAGCAAUCCAAAUUGCGAUCCUGAUCUUCCUGAAAUUUUACAAAAUAAACAAACUCUUAUGCAUAUUUCUGGUUUUACACUUAGUCACGAGAGCAGCAAAGAUGGGAUGUUUUUUCUUCCACAACAACGAGAAACUAUACUAACCUAAGUUUGUUAAGCAAUAUUCGUGAUAAUCUUUAUACAUUAUAUUCGAGAGCAGUAUUUUUAUAUGCACUUUCUUUUGAGUUGCACUAUGAAUUAGUGUAAUUGGUAAUUAUCUGCAAUGAAUUGUCAGAAGGUAAUUAUCACCAAUGAUUUGUUAAAUGGUAAUUAUCUGUAAUGAAUUGUCAGAUUGCAACUAUCAUGAAUUGUCUUAUGAUAAUUAUCAGGAAUGGGUUGUGAGACAGUAAAUAUCAUCGAAACGGGUACUGAAUUUUUAAAGAAGAGCAAACAAUCAAAUAGUAAUCCUUAUAUGCACAAAAAUGUGAUUUUAAAGACAAGUUUAUAAAAUGAUUACUUCAUUUUUUUUUAAACAGUAAAUUUAAAGUUUAUUUUUUUAUGGUUUUAACAUAUAUGGUUUUUAACAAAUAUUUUAUUCUUUUUCACUAAAAGUAUUAAAAAGUUUCAUUUUGUAGUUCUAUACCAAACUACAUGAAAGAGAGAAAUGGUGAAAAAUACAGAUUCUUUCAAAAAAUAUUGAUGGACAGUGUUUAAAUACUAAAGUUAAAAUGAAAUUAAUGAGUGUAUUCACUAUUAUACUAUGAGUUUUAGUCACUGGCAUUUUUAUUUAAAAUGUAUACAUUUAUGUAUACAAGUGCUAAUUUGUAUACAUUUAUCAUCAUACACAGCUGAAAACUUACAUGCAUAAACAUCGUUGCACUGAUUUUUCAUUUUAAUCAGCUUGCUUUUGAUUAUUAUUAUUUUUCUUACAAUUAUAUUUUUCUUUACAAAAUAUUUAAGGGAUUAUGGAUUAAAAAUGAGGAAGAUCACGGCAAUAUCAUCACGCAUUUAAUGGUUAAAAACUAUGAUGAGUCAAACAAGUACUAUAUGUACUUCUUAUCAUUAUAAUAAGUAAAAUAAAUAUUAUUGGAAUGACUUAUAAUUUUAUCUUAUUGUGCUUUUUACGAUUUGUUUUAUAAUUAUAAAAAUACUUAUCUGUAUAUGCAUUAUUUUAUUCUCUAAGGAAGUUAAAUAUUACUAAAGUGGCGAAUAAUGGAAAAUUAAACAGAAAAAAAAACUGUAUGCUAUAUAUAAUUGAUAAGGUCCACCAUAUCCAAUAUCAUUGGUUUAUUUUAAAAGGACAAAAUAUUUGCAUUUUUGAACUUUAUCAAUGCCUUAUUGAUUGCAGCUUCAAAAAAAAAAAUCUUUUAAAAAUCUAUUUUUAAGCCAGGUGGUUCGAUUAUAAAGAUUAAAAAAUGAUUAAUCUCGUUUAGGUGUCAAAUUUUAUUUUUGAAGUUCCUAACCCUUUUACUAGCUGACAUUCCAGUACUAGGGUACUACUGACUGCUGUCAUUAAACGUAACGUCCGUAAAACUUUUUCUCCACCCCUUUUGGUCCAAAACCUUCAAUUUACCCUUUGGAACCUGGUGCUGAAGUGUAACUACGUAAAGGGACUACCAUAUUUCCAUCAAAAAAGGGUUUGAAGAACACCCAUAUCGGUAUCCCAUCUCAGUUGGCGUCUCACGAAAAGUGACGUACAAAAACCAUUAGUCUUUUCCAGAUUUCACCCUUUUAUAGGGAGACUAUUCUUCUUCUGUUGUUUCAUGGUUUGACACACAAUCUUUACCUUUUUUGCCUGAGUUCUCACCUGCUUUUUGAAAAGGACAACCAUUUAGGCUUUAUAGAAGUGGUUUUUGUGCGAAUCUUUACUAGUCCACACAAAAGUUUUGUGACUUCCCUGUUUUUCAACAGAAAAACCCUUUCUAGAUCUGUCCUCCUUUUGUUCAGUAACCAAAUUUUCCUUUGGCAAAGGGUGGUUAUUCAUACAAACAAAACUGCCGAAAGGAGUUGUUGAUUUGGAAAAUGAGUCCUUUUGCUUGUGGCAAAUCUGCGGUAGCCUAUUGUUAUCCUAUUCGGAUCGAAAUAACCAAACAGCUGUUAAUAUUAAAAAAAUAAUUAUGAUGUUUAAUAGGUGCUUUUUUUAAUCAUUAUUUAAAGACGUUUUCAAAAUCUAUCAAAUGAAAUCUAUUGAGAAAAUUCAAUUAAAAUUAUUUAUUGUUACUUAUUUAAAAAUAACUCGAGUACAGAAUGGUUUAGUAACACAAAUUUCAAAUAAGCUGAAAACAAUUAUAGUUUAAAAUGUAUAUUUUUUUUACUCAAAUUUCAACGAAAUUUCUCCAUUAAUGAAAAUACAAUUAUAUUUUAAGUUGUAUAAUUUCUCAUUUAUUUUGUAACAUUAAAAGUAUACUACAUAAGAGUUUCUACUUAUAUUUUGUAAACCUUUUAUUCUAAAAUAAAAAUUCAAAAUAAAUUUAAUAAUUGAAGUUUUCAAAUUAAUUUAAGUAAGGUACGGUGUUUAUGCAUGAGGUCAUUUCCAAUCCAAUGUGAUCUUCACACUGAGGCAAUUUAUAAUCAAAACAAAACACGUAUUAAAAUUACUUCUGGCUCGAUUUGCUAUGUAUAAAUUCAGAAGAAUAAUUCACUGGCAGCCAUUUUAUCUUCGUCAAGAGCUUGAAACUGAUUUAUGAUAACUUUUUUCACGCAUUUCGUUUAUCUCGUGAAAAGAGUUUGAAAUUGUAAUAACGUCGCACCAAAAGCGGGGGAGGGGUUAGAAAAAAAAAAUCCGAACUCGACAAGAAAGAAACAUCUUGACUUAAGAGCUUUGAUAAUAGUUUUAUUAUCCUGCGAAAGCAUCUCUAAUCAUACGAGCGAUUAAACAUUGUGAACUGGAUCUCAUACAUUAUUCAAGAGGAAGUCUACGUAGGGGAUUGCAGAUUUUUUCUCUACACCCCAUGCUUUUCAUCUUCGCUGCAUUUUUUCACAAAUUUCACUUUAAACCAAGGAGUUAUUUUAGAUAUGCAUUUUUAUGAUCCAUUUCAAAAUUGCGCAUAUAGUUCAUGUAGAUAAUUUUUUUUUUCCAUGAUGAAUCAAACGUUUUAAAAGCUGGAAUUCACUUUUCCUGGAGCUUAUUUUCUUAAUAUGGUUGUAUAAUAAAAACUAACUUUACUUUUUGCCUGCUUAGAUUUAGUAAAUGUUGAAAUUUUUCGUAACAUGAUAAAAAAAAAAGUGUUUGUUAUUUGAAGUUGUAAUAUUGAUCCAAAUACGUUAUGGUUAGCAUAUUGUAUUUUCAAAAAUUCCUUGAGUUGAGCUAAAUGAUUUAAUUUAAGUACCAAAGCUAAAUAACAUUUAUUUAAAGACGUAAUUAAGUGUUUUUUAAUUAUUUUUUUAAAUUCUAUAUCUUGUGAUGAAGAAUAAUGUUUAUCCACUUUUAUAUAUAUAAUUUAUUUUAUAGUUUUUCCAAGUUUGAAAACUCUUAUAGAUUCUUUAAAUACUAGAGUAUUUGGGACUCAAUUAAUUUAAUAAGUUAACGUUUUUAAACUUAUAACGCAUUUUUAAAUAUCAAUUUCUUUUAAAAAGUUAUGUUGCAUUUGUAAUUUUUUUUUAAUUGUAUAAUUUUUGUAUAAAGUAGAGUCUUAUAAAAAAGAAAAAUAUUUAAUAUUGAAUUAUAAUUAACUCAAUUUAAUUGCUUAAACAAAUUUGAUAAAAUUACGAAGUUCAAAAUGCAAUUUAUUGCGAAGUUAUUUUAUAAUGUCUUCUUUCCAUAACUUCCUUGUUGUUCAAUAUAAUAUUUAUUGCGGUAGAAUAUUACAUCAAGAAAAACUUCACUUAUAAGUUAAGAAAAAUGCUUUAAUUUGUAAUGUGAAAUAAUUCUUCAAUUGAAGAAGUCCUUUAUAAUUUGAAAAGUGAAGUUGUUUUCAAAUGUAUGCGUAUGAUUUUAUUCAUAUUUCCUGGGUGUUCCUAUAGUGAAAUAUCUUUAUAGGAUAGUUCCUAUUGUGUAGUACGUAAAAAUGAGGCACUUAACAGAAAGUAUUUUAUUUAUCAUAAGAGGUACUACGUAUAUUUAAUUUGAAAUGUAUCAAGAAUUAAUAAGUUGUUACUCAAGAAUUUCUUCAUUGAUUCAUUCUUGAUAAUUUCCGUAUAUGUAAUGAUAAUCAAAAUUGUAAAGCGGGUAUUUGUAAACGGGUAUGACUUAUAAAAAAAUACUAAAUGUUGUGAAUUGUAUUGCUAUUAACAAUGAAUGGAUAUAUCCACAUUAUCUCGUAGUAUUUUGUGCGUGUGAUUCUUAGUGUUUUGCCUUUUAUAUGUAAUUGAUGAAAUUUAUUGCAUUUUAAAAAAUUCUAAGUUUAGUUCAAACCAUAUUUUCACAACAAUGAUGUUCCUAUUGCUAUAUUUAUUGUUUAUUUUUUAAUAAUCGAUUGUUAAAUAUUGAAGUUGAUCUCUUAGAAAUAAUAGACCUUACUGCGGAGAAUGAUAUUUUUUAAUCAGCUAAACACAUAAAGCAAAAUUUGAAUUGGAUAUAAAAGAGCUCUUAGAUUGGUAGAUGGAUAAUAUUUUAUUAUAUACUAGAUUUUAAAUUUUCACGAAGAAUGUAUGAUGUAGCUGUUAGAAAGGUAUGAUAAUAUCGUAAUUUAGAUGAUGAAGGAGGUAAAUUAUGCAUGAAUUAAUCUCAAUAAUCAUGUGAAUGUAUACUGAGUUAAGCUUAAACAUAACAGUUAAAAAUAAUGAAUUAUUUUACUCCAAACCAGCUAAAAAUAAAUUAGAUUAUUAUUUAUCUUUUUUUCUUUUCUUUUUUUAAAAAUAUAAUUUCAUGCAAAGCUUUAUUUUCAAAACUUCUAUUGAACUCAGACGCUUUCAACUCAGUUCUAAGAAGAAUAUUUUCCCAAUUUUAAUUUUUUUAAAUUAAUUUUUUUAAAUUAAUUUCUUCUAUAUAUAUAGCUUUUAAUAAAUAUAAAAUAUAUAAAUAAUUAUUCGUUAAUUUUUAAUGAAUUAUAUACUUUCUUAUCUAUUUAAUUCAAAAAGAUGCUUCUAAACCACAAAAUGAAAAGUACAGUUACCAAUUCGUAAUUCAUUCAUAUUAGAACUAAUUCAAUCAAAAAUACAUAUUAAUUUACUUGAAACCACAAAGGUUUUCAAAAAGAAAAGAAAAAUGUAUUUUCCUAGAUAAAAAUUCCUGAUUAAAGGACUAAUAUUUAUUUCGAGCAAAUCUCUUGAAAUUUCGUUGAUAUUUGAAAUCAAAUAUGUUAUUGAGUAGCUUCAAAGUUAAACUUUGAACAGAUAUAAUUCUCAUUCGCAUUGAAGCUAUCAACUUAAAUGUCGUCUCAUUUAUAUUUAUUGUGAGACAAAGAUAAUCAGCUUUUUUGUACGUACCAUUUGUUUGUACGUACCAUAUGCUUGUACGUCCCAUAUACGUACCAUAAGUAAGUUGUGUCCAAAAUUCGUGAUUUCUAAUUAGUUUUUCCAAAGAAAGAGUGAAACUUCUUUGUUAAGAAAAAAAAGAAAAUGAAAUUUAUAUUUAGAUUUGCUUUUCUCUUGAGAAGAAUCUUUUCUUUUUCUUUUCUUUAAUUGCGGGAAUAGCUGAGAGAAGAGACUUUCAGCACUCUCAACUACAAAUUUGCAUACUUUUUAUUAUUAUUUCAAUCGUUCUUUUUAAUUGUCUCACAAUGAGAAUUUUAUUUGUACCCUAAUCGAAAUUAUUGUAUAUAUGUAUAAUUUUAUUGCUUGUAUAUAUUUUACUUAGUUAGUCAAGAAAUUUUAUUUUAUUUAUACUGAAAGUCUUUCUUGGAUUUUAUAUUUAUGUUUAACUAACAAAAUGACGGCAAUAUGCAUUUUGGAGCAAUCGAUCAAAUGUUUGUAAUCAUAUGUAAUUGUGAUUUUUAUCUUCAUUCUAAGCCAAAUACGUGUAACUAAAUAUAGAUUAAAACAAAAAUUUGAAUUUUAGUAGUAGAAAAAUGUCAAUUAAUCAUGUAAUAAAUAGAUGUGUAUUGAACCAAAUAAAAUGUGCCUCACUGUU